AUGCCUUUUGCUUCUUCGCGCCCAAAGUCUGAAGAGAAACAAGCAAAGCACGAAGCAAGGCUAGCACAAGCGCUAGCUCUCGACCGUGCGAACCGGACGCUCGUUCAUGAUGGUUACUUAACUUUCCCUCGAUGUAAGAGCGAGAAGAAGCAUCGGACUACGGUAGCAACCACUAAAACGAUCUGGAGUGGCACAGAAUGGAUUCACGAUGGCAGCCUCCCCGAGGCUCUAAAGGAGGCGCGCGUGCUGCCAAAUGCUCCAUUCAAAGUUCUCGACGCACCCGGUCUUCGAGACGACUAUUAUUGCUCCAUAAUGGCGUAUUCGCCUACGUGCAAUACCCUCGCCGUUGGGUUGGGCGGGCUCCUAUAUGGUUGGUCGGAAACGACAGGAGUGACCUUGCUGAACGCCGGGAUUGAGGAUAGUUCUUGGCUCACCUCUGUUGCCUUCUCAUCUAAUGAGGGAGGUAAAUCAAUUUUGGCCUAUGGCCGAUCCAAUGGCCAUUUAGGGUUACUCUCACUCUUCGACAGUAUGCUUCCCCGACUUGAAGCUCGGCACCCCCAUCCCAUAUCUUGCCUCUCGUGGCGACCCGUCACGACGGCCCGGCGAUCACUAAGCCCAUCAAACCCUGGAGGAGCCGCGGUGAAUGCUGAAGAUCUGAUCGUAGGUGGAGAAAAUGGCGACAUAUACUACUACUCCGUGGAGUGGCCUGGCUCGUGGGAGGUGGCUCGGGACGGCUGGCCGGGGUCAAUGACUUUGUUGGCUCGCAUCAAGGUCCAUACUCAACAGAUCUGUGGCCUCGCUUGGUCGCCCAACGGCAAUCAAUUUGCUACUGGUGGCAACGAUAAUCUGUGUUGUCUUUUUGACGUUGACAGAAUCCUAAAGCCUGGGUCGAAAGACGACAACGUACUGGGCGAGGCUUCGCCAACCUCGCAUACUCGGAGACCUGAGGCAUCAAUCUCAGCAUCUGAACUUCCCGGUGUUUUGAGAGGCAGUGCGAAUGUUGAUAUUUACUCGCCCACAGUGUCGACUUUAAGUCCUUUGUCACCGGCUCUAAAUGCAAUACCCAUGGGUUCUCCCUGGAAUGGAUGGUCACCGGUGACCUCGCCAUCAGCUCAUAUCUCGCCUUCAUUUCCAAGCCAGCCUAUAAUAGCGGCGGCUAACGUUCUUGCGUCCCCAUUCAUGUCUCCAAUCAAGACUUACGGAGAACCCGCGGCCUCACAGAUAUGGAAUCAUCUAGCGGCUGUCAAGGCUAUUGCAUUCUGCCCUUGGCGUCCACAACUCAUUGCCACUGGCGGCGGGUCGAACGACAAAAUGAUUCACUUCUUUCAUACGACUUCCGGAGCAGCAGUUGCUACCAUUUCUGUCAGUGCUCAAGUCACCAGCUUGAUAUGGAGCGUCAACAAGCGUGAGAUCGCGGCCACUUUUGGGUAUGCUCAACCUGACCAUGCCAUACGCAUUGCCGUUUUUAGCUGGCCAGAUUGCAAGAUGGUUGGAAGUGUUAAGUGGGAUGGCGAACACCGAGCACUUUUCGCCGUGUCCUACCCUGGCGGGCCAAUCGGCGUUUCUCAUUCAUCACUCUCUAGCUUCACUGACUCAGCUACUCGCGACACAACUCCAGCCGAUGGAGAUGGCACCGAAAGCGCCAGAGCGAAUGUCGCAGAAAGGCCAAGAGCCAAAAGCAAUACUUCCGUGGAAGGCUGUCUGAUCGUCGCGAGCAGCGAUAAGAGCGUAAAGUUUCACGAGGUAUGGGGUACUGGUCGAGGAAAGACCAUCACUGGAACUGGACCUGGCAUACUUGGGGGCAGUGACAUCAUCGAAAUGGCGGAGGGGAUUGACAAGGAAGGUGAUAUUAUUCGUUAA